CUCCCUGUCACACUCCACCCCCGCCCCCAUUGGAAAAGCACGUUGCAGCCACUUGAAUGCUGGGAUAGCUGCCCAUAACGCACCGCUCCCGUUGCCGCUGCAAAUGCGGCCACGAUAGUGCGCUGGCAGCUGACAGUGUGGACAGGCUGCAGCACUUUCCCUACUCAGCUGUACGAAGGCGGGUUUAACUCACAGCGCUGUACAUCUGUAAGUGGAGCCAAGGCCAAAGAUGUCUGCUGGAACUGACAAGGACUGUACCAGGGGAAAGGAUUGAGCCCAGACUAGGAAGGAGUCUAGUCUGUGAAAGAAGAUUAUUGGAACAUCUCUGAGGUUUGCCCCCUUCGCCGUUGGAAAGAGCAGAAAGCCAGGCCAGGAGGGAGACUCCAGAGCCGGUCUGCAUUGGAGACAGCGCUGCGGGGAUCCCCUCCAGCGGGGCAGGCACCUGCUGACGCUGAGGUAUCUGGUACGUCGAGACAUCAUGAUCAAGGCUUCGAUGAGCUCUGGGAAGGUGACUCUCUUCCAGCGGGAUCCGCAGAGUGGGGUCACCUAUCGGAUCCCCGCACUGCUGUAUAUCCCCACAGACACGCUCCUGGCGUUCACGGAGAAGCGCUCCUCUGCCAAGGAUGAGGACACUGAGUACCUGGUGCUGAGACGAGGUCGGAAGACAGGGACUUCGGUCGAGUGGGGGCCCACGGAGCCCUUGACGAGUGCAGCGUUACCGGCUCACCGCCCGAUGAACCCCUGCCCGGUGUACGAGCAGAAGAGUCAGACCGUCUUCCUGUUCUUCAUCUGCGUGAGGCAGCGCAUCUCAGAGCAACGGCAGAUCUGCACUGGGCAGAACGCCGCCCGGCUGUGCUACGUCUGCAGCAGAGACGCCGGCCGGACCUGGAGCUUGGUAACGGACCUGACGGAGCAGGUGAUUGGGGAAGACUUGAAGGACUGGGCCACGUUUGCAGUGGGGCCGGGGCAUGGGGUGCAGCUCCGCUCUGGGCGGCUGGUGAUCCCGGCUUACGUCUACCACAUUACCGCUCGCUGCUGCCGCCUGCCGCUGCGCUGCUGGACCCAGCCCCGGUCCUUGGUCUUUUAUAGUGAUGACGGCGGGCAGUUCUGGCACAAGGGCGAGCUGAUUAAGGACAUGAAGACGUUGGAGUGCCAGGUGGCCGAGGUGGCAGGCCAGGCCUGCGACCCCGUCCUGUACUGCAACGCCCGCACCCCGUGCCGAUGCCGGGCGGCUGCGCUCAGCACAGACCAGGGGCUGACAUUCAAGAGCCCCUCCUCAUGCAAGAAGCUGUAUGAGCCGCCUGACGGCUGCCAGGGCAGCAUAGUGAGCUUCACACCGACACCGGGGCUUCUGGAGGCGGAUGGCGCAGAAGGGCCAGACGCCCCAGCCCAUGAGAUGACCUGCCCGUUGAACAGCGGGAAUGCCGCCUCCGAUAUCUGCAGACGCACCAUGUCAUGGCUGCUUUACUCCCACCCAACGGGUAAAUGCAAGCGGGUUGACCUGGGCAUCUACCUCAACCGCUCCCCAUUGACGGAGGCCACCUGGGAACACCCCUGGCUCCUGUACCAAGGGCCGUGUGGUUACUCGGACCUGGCCGUGUGCCAGGAGGUCCCAGCGGUGCUCUUGUUUGGCUGCUUGUUUGAGUGCGGGGUGAAUUACGCAUGUGAGGAGAUCGCCUUCCAGCUCUUCUGCUUUGAGGAUCUCCAGAAGGGCAGAGGCUCCCCCCGCUCCCUGGAGCAGCAGCCUAACACAAAGCAAAAAUCCAACUAGCGGUGUCCUCCGGGGGAGUAAGCGAGAGAGACACACGCUCACUCCCCCCGGAAGAUCCCCACCCCAUGAGGCGUGGGCUUCCGAAAGCAGCCUCUUCUUUCGCGUGUCUCUGGUUCAAGGUCCGGGACUUCCUGGGGCCUGGUUUGUAGAGGAGCAAAGCAUCCGUCGCUCCAUCUGAGAUUGAGAACUUGGCCACAGCCCGGGCAGCCCUGCCAGCCUCUCCGGUGCCGUCCUACUGAUGUACCAGCACCCUGAGCCAGAUGCACCACCGCCGGGGGCCAAAACGCCUGCUGGUGUAAAUCAGCUCCACAGGUUACACCAACUGAGGGUCUGGCCCAGAGAGAGGACUGCUCAGUCCGUACUCCACAGACCUGUCGAUCCUUGGUCCCUCUGCUGAGACUGCCCGUCCAUUAAGAAUUGUACUACAACAAAAGAGAACUCACUCUGGGUGCAGGGAAGGGGAGGGGGAAAUGUGCUUUGCUGCUGGGGGUGCUGUCCUAAGUUCCCCGUAAGCUGCGCGGCCGUGCAGCAGCCUGUUGAGUGUCCCACAGGCACUCGUGGAUCUCGCCCGGCUGGGACCUGCCGUGGCCGGGCCACCCCUCCUCUGGCCCCAACUCAGCCCGGACUUGCCGUGGCUGGUGGGAGGGAUGCCCUUCUCCCAGACCCAACCCAGACCCAGACCUGCUGCAGUGGGGAGAGGCACCUCUCUCCCCAGCCCAGGUGCUGCUGUGAGGAGAGAGAGCUAGGGGGAGUCCUCUCUCCCCACUGUAGCCCCGGGGCAGCCUGUACCCCGAACCCCUCACCCCUGGCCCCAUCCCAGAAGCCGCACCCCCAUCUGGCGUCCCCGCACCCCGACCCUCUGCCCCAGCCCUGAGCCCCCUUCUACACUCUGAACCCCUCGGCCCACCUCCACCACAUGAAUUUUGUUAUGUGCACCAAUAUGGAGGUGAUGUGUGACACAUGACAAAAUUCAUUCCACACAUGGGUGGGAAAAGUUAGAGAGAACACCGGUGCUGUCUUAUUAAAGGAGAUACUAAGAACGUGACCACACGUGGUCACUGAAGAUCCCAUGUUUGCAGGAGUAGUAGUUUAGCAUCUUGGCCAUUUCUCAGUUCAGGGAACAAUCCAAGCAGCUUCCUUAAAGCAUGCUUUGCAGUGUCAGCUGGAGAAGUUGUUCAAGUAUUUCCUCUCCUUGGGCGAGUCCCGAUGUACCUGGUGUGUGGGCGAGUGAGCUGUUUGUUCAUUUGCUCUGUAAACUGCUCCAGGAGCAUGCACAUCCCUCCCUUCAUAAAUCAACACCACAGUGUCGCUUCUGCCCUGGGGAGCAAGCAGGCACCAGCUUGGAGGCAGACGCCAACGCUACUCCCCAUCAUGUCUGUGCACGUCAGCCCCAAGCUGUGCAGCAUCUCUGCUGUGUUACUGGUGUGCCAGAGACCCCAGGAUUAGCCUGUGGCUCUCCCUCCUGAAAAUAGUUAUAGAAAGCCCUGUGGUGUAGCAUCUAUGGUGCUGGACUGAGACUUGGGGGACCUGAAGUCUGUUCCUGGCUCUGCUGCUGAACUCCUGGGUGACCUUGGUCAGGUCACUUUGCUUCUCUGUGACUCAGUUUCCCUCCCACCCUUUGUCAUGUCUGUUUAAACUGUCAGCUCUUUGGAGCACAGCCUGUCUCUUACCAUGUGUCUGUAUAACAAAUGGGGCCCUGAUCUCAGUUAGGGCCUCUUGAUGCUACUGGAAAAUCAGUAAGUAAUAGUAUUACAUAUUUAUAAGCAGCUACCUUAUUUCUUCUCCCCCCGCACCCUUAGUCAGCACUUAGCCAAGCUGUACAUAUCUAGCCUUUACAGAGGCAGAACCUGCAAACACUCAUCCACCUGCUUAACUCUACUCACAUGAGUAAGUGCCAUUGACUUCAAUGGGACUCCUCACACAAGUAAAGCUACCUGUAUUUCUAGGAUCUAGCCCCAAAUCUUUCUUGGUGAGCUAGCAGGCCUGAUUCUGAUCUCACUUGCUCUGGUGUAAAUGACAGUUUCAUAGAAGCUGAUGGAAAUCCCAGGCAUAAGCGAGAUGAAAAUCAGGCCAAUUAUUUUGAAAUCCGUCCCUGCAGGAUCUUUGCUGCCCUGUGAAAAUCCCUUUAAUCACCUGAUGAUGAAUUGGCUUUUGUUUCUUAUUUUUUUUUAUCGGUUCUCUGUUUGUAGCAACUGCCACCAGUUCUGUAAUGGCACUGAUCGCUCACUGCAUCGUCUGGGUCCCUUGCCAUGAAACACCUUCAGCAAGAGAGUGACUACGGAAUGUAAAGGGCUAGAUUCACUCAUUCCCCACUGGCCAAUUUGCAUGUCUCCGGCAGCCCAGGACAGCUGGAGAGUGUCGGUGAAUCUGGCCCCCGAGUCUGCUUGACCCAGUGAUGUCUGGUGUUAAGGAAAAGUUAACACAUGUGACUCCAUUUUGGUUUGGGGCCCACCAUUGUUUAAAUGCCAGCACAUCAUACACCAGGAGGAGUAAUCCUUAAAUACUGAAUCCCUGUGAAAAUCCUCCUCCUUGUCUCCAGCCUGCCUUGACUCCCAGUAUCUGGUUUUUGUCAGUCUCUAACUCCCUGUCUCUUGGCCUUGAUGUGAGGCCUCCCAUCCUGAUAAUAAAAGUUACUGAUGCAUGGCUUUAGGACCAUGCUGUGUAAUUAACAUACUGGUAUAGCACGAGGAAUGCACCAAGCAGGGAUAGGUGGUAGAUAAGACAAGGGUUUGUUUAUUGGCUAAGGUUUCCGAUGCACGAGGGCAACAUGCUUUGCUAAAAGGUAUAUAACCUUUGUAUAAUCUGCAUUCAGGGUCCCCUCCUGGCUAGCAGGGGGGCACCACGCUCGAGCGUAAUAAAUUUAGUGUUUUUUGGGAA